GCUUGCCAUAGCUUGCCAUAGCUUGCAGAGUCUGCCUUGCAGCCCUGAAGGGCUGCCCCUGACAAGUCCACAAGAUGGGGACUGGCGCAAGCGUUGGAAACAUGAUGUCAUCCUUCAGGAUGGCAUCGAUGAGCAAAGCAGUCUCAUCGUUCAGCAGAUGGAACAAUGCACGGGCCGAGCAGCCUGAGGAUCUUCUCAAAGGACAUGUCGAGGUUCCCUCUACAAUCAUCGAUUUGACCGGAAUCGAGAACCCUGGGUACAUUGCCGAUGUGUACAUGUUUGCCGAUGGUUUGAUUGGAAGAUCACAGUAUGCCAUGAUCCGGCUCUCGACUCACAAGAACAUCGGGGUGUCCCGCGCCAUCAAGCAGUACACACUGGGUUUGCCUGGAGUAGAUACAGAAGCUCUGAAACGAGAGGUGAUGCUGCUGAAAGAUGUGCGUGCUCACCCAAACAUUGUGAGGAUGCAUGAGACCUUUAAGGACAAGUUGCAUUUCUAUGUGGUCUUUGAGCUUUGCGAGGGUCUCCGGGUCUUCGACUACAUCAUGGAGUCCGAAACUCACACGGAGCAGGAGACGGCAGCGGUGGUGCAGCAGCUGGUUCAGGCAGUGGACUACAUGCACAGUCGCCUCAUUUGCCACCGUGACAUCAAGCCAGAACACGUGCUCCUCAAAGAUAAGGGAAGCCUCACGCACUGUUCCGUGAAGGUCAUAGACUUCAAGACUGCUUCUGAGUUUUUAGCCCCCGGGCACGUCUUCACCGAGAGGACAGGUACACCAUACUACUGCUCCCCGCAGGUGUACCAAGGCAGAUAUACCGAGUCUUGCGACCUGUGGUCAUGUGGCGUGGUGGCUUACCUGCUGCUCCUGGGCUACCCUGAGGCAGACAAGAGGCAGCUGGAAUCGAAAGGCCCCACCAGGGGGAAGGAUGUGCUAGAGCUCUUGCCAUAUCGGCUGGAAUUCACUUCUUCCGAUUGGGUGGAUCUCUCGCCCGGGGUGAAUCAAUUUCUUUCUCGACUCCUGACGGAGAAGGAGUCCGAUCGUUGGCCCGCCAAAGCUGCUUCGAAGUGUGACUGGCUGCUUCGUCAGGCUCCGCAACCGGUGGGAACUCGGGUGCAAGUGGCCGGUGAUGCGAUCGGAUUGGAGAAAUUGCGAACGUCGGAGUUUGCAGAGGAGCUGCAAAAGAGUCAGGCGCGAAAGAAGAAACAAGAAGAACAUAAGGAGGAGCUUUUAGCCUCGAAAGUGGCUGCAAUGAAGACUUUCAAAGUCUGACCAACACUGAAGCCACGGGGUACCCCGAUGAGCAUGUUCCUCUCCGGAAUGCUGCUCUGUGUACAUAUGGACAGUCAACAAUGCGUUGACAAGGCAUUGACAAGGCUUGUGCUUGAUAUGGCUGUAGUUAAAGUAACUAAAUAUAGAGGUUUUACUGGGAAACUAUGAUAUGGCUUUGUAUCACAAUUUUGGUGUUUUUCCUGCGGCAAAGGGUCUGCAAAGCAGACGUUCGCAGACAUUCACAUGGCAGAUGCAAGUCUCAAAA